AUGGUGCGCGCCAGAGUCGCCGCGUCGCAGGCGGACAUGCUGCAGGUGCGCAACAUGGUGCGCCGCGCGCGGCUCAUCUUCGAGGCGCUCCGGGGCCGCUGCCACCGCAACACCGAGCACCACCACGGGGGCCGCAACCGGGCCGACAUGCGGGCCCUCAGCGCCAUGAUCGACGGGGGGCUCUGCCUCUACCGCGACGUGCGCAUCGUGGGCCCCGUCCCCGGCGUCUUCGUCGGCGACGCCUUCAACUACCGCGCCGAGCUCCUCGUCGUCGGCCUGCACUGCCACACCCAGGCCGGCAUCGGAUACGUGCCCGCCAGCCAGGUCAGCGAGGGCCACCCCGUCGCCACCAGCAUCGUGUCCUCGGGCGGGUACCUCGAUGACCACGACAACGGGGACGUCUUGAUGUACACCGGGAGCGGCGGCCGUCCGCGCAACGGCGGUGACCACCUCUCCGACCAGGAGUUCCAGCGGGGCAAUCUCGCCCUGUCCUACAGCUGCAACUACGACGUCGAGGUGCGCGUCAUCCGCUGCCACGACUGCGACGCCAGCCCCAGCGGCAAGCUCUACGUCUACGACGGCCUCUACAAGGUCCAAUCCACCACCUACAGCCCUGGCAAGUCCGGCCGCGAGGUCUGCCGGUUCAAGCUCGUCCGCCUGCCAGGCCAGGACGCGCUCGGCAGCAACACCUGGCGCGCCGCCAGAGACCUCACCGACGCGCUCGUCGCCAAGUUCCGGCCGCCCGGCUACCUCACGAUGGACAUGUCCAAGGGCAAGGAGGCUGUGCCCGUCCCCGUCCGCAACACGGUGGACCAGGACGUCUCUCCCCUCGAGUUCGAGUACCUCGCAUGCUCCGAGUUCCCGGCGCCGCCCAAACCGGUGAGGCGCGGCCACAAGUGCUGCAUCUACUCCAAGACGGCGUGCAGCGAGAUGUCGUCCAAGUGCGCGCCGUCCGGCUGCGCCUGCGUGAAGAGGAGCGGCGGGGGCGGCCCGGCGUACAGUGCCGACGGCACGCUCGUGAGGGGACGGCCGGUGGUGUACGAGUGCGGCGCGAGGUGCGGGUGCCCACCCAGGAGCUGCCCCAACCGCGUGACGCAGCGGGGGAUGAAGCACCGGCUGGAGGUGUUCCGGUCCAAGGAGACGGAGUGGGGCGUGAGGACGCUGGACCUGAUCCAGCCGGGCGCCUUCCUCUGCGAGUUCACGGGAGACGUGCUCCCCGCGGAUCACCCCCGCAUUGCCAACGCGAACACCAAUGCCAGUACCGGCGCGUCAAUGGAGGAGUGGGGAGGCAUCGUCGACCCGAGAAAGUUCCCGCCGAGGUGGAGGGAGUGGGGGGACGCCCCCGCGGCCGUGCUUCCGGACGACGGCGAGGAACCACUCCGGUUCGCGCAGUGCCCGGCGCCGGGGUACGUGAUCGACGUGUCCAAGAGGAGGAACUUCGCGGCCUACAUCAGCCAUAGCCGCGCACCGAACGCGUUCGUCCAGCUGGUGGUCCGCGGCGACGAGGACGAGUCGUGCCCCCACCUGAUGGUCUUCGCCAUGGAGACCAUCCCACCCAUGCGCGAGCUCAGCAUCGACUACGGCGUCGAUCAGUGA